UGUCACACACACUGGUGUAUCAUUGAUGAGUCGAAAGAUGGCAAACAGCGAGGAUUUUUAUCUCGUGAAAAUUUGCGAAAUUUUCUAGUUGCUCGGUCGAUUUUUGUGCCAAAUUUGUCCGAAAUCAUAAGUUCAAGUGACAGUGCGUACAAAAUGUGAAUAUUUUCGAUUAAAUAUUACUUUUUGAAGUGUGAAUUGCAUUGGAAAGUAAGAGGAGAGGACUAACCAAAUUAGUCACCCUCGGCAAGAGGAGUUUGCAAGAAGCGAUCAAAGGAAUUUCUUCUCAUUCAUCAUCACCGAACAAGCAACAGAAGACAACACAAAGUGGACGGUGAAAACAGACUGGCGUUAUUCGAUCGACCAUCGAACAGAAAUUAGUGGAUGUUGGACAAUGGCUUACAUCAAUGUUGCGGAAUGGACCAGCGAUCAAGUUACGGAUUGGUUGAAAGGUUUGGACAAUUCCAUGUACCACUAUGUACAAUCAUUCACUAAUAAUGAAGUUGGAGGUAAACAGCUGCUCAACAUACGUCCGUACGAGCUGGAACAGUUGGGAAUGCUUUCGAUAGGUCAUCAGGAAAUUGUGUUGGAAGCCGUGGAGUAUCUAAAAAAUUUCAAUUACAAUCUUGAUAAGGAAAAUUUACAGUUUUUGGCACUACACGUUGCCUCGGCAGCUCGAUCACUGUGCAAACAACUAGAAUAUUCGGAUCAAACUAAAUUGGAAACACAAAUACUAAAAGAUAUUACCCGCACCAUUGCAACUCUGAAACCUUUAAUAGGAUGGCUUGACCGGGCACCGUUCAGAGGUCAACUGCGCUUUGAUGAACUGCGGAAGCAAAUUAUGAAAUUAGGUCUGGAGAUGGCUACGAUGGCAAUGAGGGACCGAUUCUCCGUUAAACCCGUCGAAACGAUUCACAAUGUCGCUGACAAGUUGGCAAAAAUUGCAGACUACAUAAUCCAGGAUAUUUCCGACCCGAUGGUUUUACAGCCAGCAUCACUGGAUUUGGUGACAUUGAAAAAGCGGGAAUCGGAUUUAGGGUUCCUAAUCAUGCCUAGUCUGAAUGGCAUUCACAGAAUCGCUGAGAUCAAAUUUAACUCGCCAGCGCAUAACUCGGGCAAAGUGGAGGAAGGUGAUGAAAUAGUGCAGAUCAAUUAUCAGACCGUCGUCGGAUGGGAGUACAAAAAAGUGCUGGUACAACUGCAGGAGUCGCCACCUGAUGUUCUACUUACGCUGAAAAAACGCCCAAAACAUACAAAAAUCUACGGUCAAAUCUAUAUCAAACCGUAUCGAUUGCCAAGCAAAAAGCGAUCUCUGCCGUAUCGAUGGGGUGAAAAUUUACCCAGUCCGCGAGCAGAGCUGUUUGCACUACAAGAUUUCAGCUUGCCAUUGGCACGCGUUCCUGAGAAGCAUGUCUCUUCGGAUUCAGAGUCGGAGAGCAGUGAUAUUCUAACACCAACGGAUGUGAAAAAAUCGGAAAAAGAUAUUCGAUUGUAUCUGCCGAAACCGAGAGCCGUACUGCAAAGAAGACAUACGUUGUCUAAUUUCAAAGAUCUGGUAAGUGUAUCGUUCUGGCACGAACGACAGACGAAAGUUUCGCCCAAUGACCCGCAAAGUUUACGGGACAAAUCCGUUUCGUUCGGAUUCGGAUUAGAAAUGGCCCCCAGACCAACGACGUGCUUGGGAAUGGCCAACGCAUCCGCUAACGGAGUGAUCGUAAACGGACAAAACAAGUUCAACAGUUUCGGUGGAUUGAAAGGGUCACUACCGGAUAUUGUUCCACAGGAGAAGUUCGGUUCGCCGAACGAUCACUCCAAAAAUGGUUCCACCCCCGAGGGUGAUGAGUAUAAACCGGGCGUUUCGAAGGUUGUACGUUUCGAAUCAAAUAUGAAAUUUGAAGAGUGCCAUAUCGAUACCAAAUACACCUGUAACGUGGACAACACGGUGUUAGAGACAUUCGAGCCAAUUCCGUACGCGGACGAAGAACCUCCGAUGCAAUCGGUAAACGAACGAGUUAAGCGGUUUGAGUCAAUUGCCAACAAAAACAGUGCCAACUCGGGAGCCGCUAGUAGUAUUGAUCCCAGUAGAUCGGUUAACAGCAAAAACACCAAUGAAAACAAUAAUAAUGAUACCAAUGGAAAUGUCAGUGAUAGUGUUCCUUCGAGCACCGGACGCUCUGCGGUGAAACCCAUACCGAUGCAAAGACAAAUUUCACGGGACACGGACAUUGCAGAAGCAAUCAAUACAGUUCUAAUCAAUCGCGAAAUGGUUAAACGAGGACGCCUUGAUAAAAGUUACAGCACACCAGCGUAUGAUGAUGAUAUUCCUCCUGCUAUCGAGCCACGUAAAGAUCAUUUGACCAAGGCACCUCCCAUACCUCCACCGCGGCCAAAGAAAACUCUCGAAGCCAACAUAAAUCUGGUACCGGAAAAAUCAUCGCCACCUUCUCCAGCAUCCGUGGCUGCUGUCCCGUCCUCGGGCACUCCCAUGUCAGCAGAUCUUGGUUUUGUCUGUCCCCAGCAGGCAUCGCUUUCCAGCUCAGAGCACGGCGAAGACAAUAACAAAUCGAAACUGGCGAAUUUAGUAGAUCUGAAAAACCGUGAUACCACCGGCGGCGAGUCAGUUUCCUUAAUCCUAUCGCCGCCUCCUAAACCAGCCGAACGAAUGAUGUCUCCACCCAGAAAAAUACCGGUAGCAAAGCAUUUUUUAGAGGGGCCCAUCGAAACGCCUUCCGAACUUUUUACGCCGAAUAAAACAAAAAGUUUAACUUUGAAGAAGAAGAAUUCUUUGCUUUCGAAGAGACGGAAAGUUUCAUUGAAAACGCUGUGUAUUAGUGAUAUUCAAGGUCAUCUGUACCGCCGAACCAAGGACCGCAGUGGAUUGGCAUACUGGGCCAAGUGCUACUUUGUUUUGAUCGAGACUACUUUAUAUGGGUUCAAGUCGAAGGAUUCUCAGAAAGCAAACUGUAUGAUAUUUUUAUCGGGGUUCACGAUUUCGCUUGCUAAAGAGGUGCACUCGAAGCCCUUUGCCUUCAAGGUGUACCACCCAAACAAAACUUUUUAUUUUGCUGCUGAAACGCAAGAAGCUCUCGCUCAGUGGAUGGAAUACAUCAAGCAAGCAACGAUGAAAGGAAACAGCGCUGCACCGGGCAGUGGAUCAGCCGAUCAUAGCGUGAAAGAACUAUUCUCCGAGACGGAUAGCUCAGAGGAUGAGUUUAGUUUUAUGGAUAGUCAGACAAAACUAAAUUUGAUCUGUACUCCAUCUCCUCAGCUUUCCUCGUCACUGGGAAGAAGUUCAGAUCACCAUUCUGCAAACUCGGAAGGAAACGGCGGCACUCCUACGUCUUCCAAACAGGAAAAAUAUCAUUUGAAUUUUGGUUCAUUGAAAAAGUUUACUAAAACGAAUCCUUUCAAUUCUGAGGGGAACGGUGGAGCCGGUGGAAGCAAUAGCGAAAGCAAGUUUUUCGGGUUUUUCAGUUCACACAAAAAUGUAGAAAAAACAAAUUCGAGCGAAAUGCCCGUUCCAACGUCACAGUUUCGUAGCUACAGGAAGGUCCCGGGAAGCAGUGGCUUACAAAUUGGCACUAAUUCUGUCUCAACAGAAGUGAUUCCUCAAGCCACAGCUUUAUCCGCAAAUAGAAACGACAACCUGACAGCCAGUACUUUAUCGCUAGCGUCCAAUGGGACCCGAAAUCAUUCGCCAGUGACCAAUUUACAGCCUUCAAAUACACCAGCUGAGGACAUUCUGCAACCUAUCAUUGUGGAACCACCAUCGGAGCCAACUACGCCAGUUCUAAAUGAAUCAGAUGACCUGUUAAAUCGUGCCAAGAAAACUAAACGGAUUUCACCUCAUAAUUUCAUUCAUGCCUCCAAUCCCAACCUAGUGGAGUUUGAUUUUCAAACUUCAAAGGCCAUGCUGCAGACUUCGUCCAACUGGGACAGUCACUCGCAUGGUUACAUACAUUCCAUGAUAACACUGAAAGAUCUGAUGCUACAGAAGCAAGCGGAGGAAGCUCAAGAUAUGUACAACAAACGCGUCUGUUUGGGUGUGGAAAAACUGGACGAUAGGAGUCUGAAGAAAAGUCUGUCGAAGACUAGUGAUGUCAGACCGGAAAAUAACGCCAACAAUGUACCGGAAGCAGUUACCAAAAUUCAAAAGCGCCGACUACCGAUCACUCCGGAUUAUGCCCAGAGUUUUAAGUUGGAUGAUGACGACAUUUUGUACACCCGCAGUAAAGAGGGUCAGAAGCUGAGAGAUUUUGGCUAUGAAUUGAUUUCAGGAGACGACACUUUCAACCUGAAAAACGCCUCGUCUUCUUCGGGACCUAGCGGAAAUGGUUCCGGCAGUAACUAUGAUACCAAACGACAGGAAGGAGGUGGCUCAAUUAAAAAGAAAACUCGCAACUGGAUCAGCUCCGACCGACGGAACGAAGAAUCUUCGUCGUCGGAUCGAUCUCUGAGGGAUAGUUUCAAGAAAUCGAAACAUAAAAUAGUGAUUGCCAAGUUGGAUAACAUCAAAGCCAGUAGUGAGAAACUUUUUCAGUUCAAACACAGUAGCAACAAUGACAAGGAAUCGCUAAAAACGAAACAACUGGAGAAGACUACUCCAGCUCUGAAUGUGAGCCUCAAGCAGGCACUGCCGUCUGGUAGCAUGGGCAAAAGUAACCCUGGCACACCGCUGUUUGAUCAGCAAACUAUAUUUUCAACCACCACCGCAACCAGUAAUUUUGUAACAAUUCAACAUCUCGCACCAGUUGGUCCUAGCGUAGUCCCUAGUGGUUCGAUUGCGACUGGUGUGAUUCCUACCGGAAUAAAAAAAUCGAACACUUGCAACAGCUCCUCUGAUUUCAAAGAAAAUGCGGCAAAGGUGCAAAAUGUAAGAAAAAGCUCUGCUCCCGAACGAAGCGCUUCGUACUUUACCAAGCUGUCCUUCAGCGGCUCAUCCGGAAAGACAGCCAAAGAGAAGAAACUGCUUGGUUCUCCCGGAUUGCAUCGGGCGAUAUUUGGCAAGAACCAACAUCAUGAAUUUCAACCAACCGUUAUUGACCACGAAGUUUUUUCGCCGAUCAGUUACACUAAGACCACCUUCCCACCAGCAGACGGUGCCCAUCAGUCAAGUUCCUCCCUCACCAGCACCAUCACCGUUGGUAACCUGCAAUCGACCACCACAUCGGUGCUAACCAGCAAUCUUUCCAAUCGAAACUCACCGGACUACCCAAAUAUGGAGUAUCCCCCGGUUUUCGAGCCGGAAACCUACUCACUGAGCGAUCCUAGUAUGACGUUACUGAAACGCCGCCAGAACCAUCAUCAGAAAUGACGAGCUGGUCAGCAUUCCGGACGAAAACGCUUGGCAACUGUGCGUGAGCACGAGAGCGGAUAGGUACCGCGUGUUCUCAUGGCUUCGCAUCGCCCUACCAAUCUAUCGAUGAAAAGCGCAAUACUAUUGAGCUGAAAUAUAUUGAUACGUGAUCAUUAACAGCAACAUAAAAAGAUAUUAUAUUCUUGUAGUAAUUUCUAUUCGUAUAAAACGUGUUAUACAUUUCCGAUCAAUCAAAAGGUGCUGUAGGAAGUUGUUUCUAGAAGUUUGUUUAUAUCGAGUUUUAGAAAAAUAGAAUUUAACGAAUCUUAUUUAUUACGACGCACAAACAGCCAUGUUUUCGGAAAAUAUGAAAUAUGUUAAAAUGGUUGGUAACGCGCGAACAAUAUAUUAUGUGAUUGUAGCAGAUAAGCAAACCCGAUAUGGUUAACCUGAAUCAUUCUAUAAUCAGAAAUGUGCAUACUAAACUCUCGCGAAUUAUCGACUAAUUGAAGAAAGCAUUUAAUCUACUUAUCGCUAUCGGUCUGAAAAAUUGAUAUUUAAGCAUGCUACAAUAUUCCCGCUUUUUAAACAUUCCUUGCAAAGGUUAGCAUGUACAAGAUAUUCUAUCCAGAGAGAAUUGAAUUGUUUUACCAUAUUAUGAUGCAUUGAAACGCGAGUUAUGGCGCUAAAUAUUCUUAUGGUAGAUUGUAGAGUUUUAAGACAAAUAGUGCCUUAUUAGUGAUUGAGUUACUUGAAUAAACCGGUUACGUGUUACAGUUUUGUGAUGAAAA